AAGAUCAAAGGUACAAACCUCCCCGCCGACAGCAUCUGUUAUCUCGUUAAUGAAAUAAUUAUCAGUAUAUUACGCAACACCUAUUAGCUGCAAGUCGUGAAAUACCGAGAAUAUCGCAUGCGCAAUAGAAGCAGACCGUGUUGAGUGACGUCAGGCAUUUGACCCUUGGCUUCUUUCCUUUCUUGUAAUAGCAGCGACCCGCGAACGACCACGAAGUCUAGAUAACAAUAAUAUAUAAUUUCCCUAACUGUUUUUAAAUGCUAGAACAUGGAUUUAUAUGAAUUAGAAGACGAUUUGGAUUACAAAAUUCUAGAAGAAUUGAGUGUAGUGGAUGAAGCAGCAGAGGACCAAGAAAAUGGUGUUGUUGUAGCAGAUAUACAGCAAGAUGCAACAAAGGAUGUGACUGCCAAUGACAAAGAUUCAAGGAAAAAGAAAAUGACUAACAAAUCUCGGACCAAAAAAAUAAGUAUAGAUCGUCCAGCAGGAAAGUUCACGGAGGACAACAUGUUGAUGAAGGUAAAGGACUAUGUCACAUCUGCUUUCAAGUUAUUGGUAGAGGACCCUGUCUACAACAAUAAGCGGUAUCCAAUAGCAAAGCGUGUUAUGUCAUUGGUGAAGGAACUCGAGAAAUGUUCAGAAUCCGAAAUUUAUCAGAAUUUCUGGGUGAAUUGUGCUAAAAUGAUAUGGCAAGUGAUAAUGGCUGGAAAUGCGAAGAAAUUGAAACCAGGGGCCGAUGAGAAAAUGUGUCAGGCAUUUCAUCAAUAUACCAUUGCAAGUGUAGGUAGAUGGGUCAGUCUGCUGGUUGAGUUGGAAAUUGAUGCAAAGGGCCACCAUGUUAAGAGCAUGAACCAAUUUUUGCAAAGAACAUUGUUAAGGUUAAUUCUAGCUGACAAAAACAAGGUUGAUGUUCCUGAAUAUAAUGUGAAAGAAUGUCCUGAGCUUGAUAAGCACACGGAACAAGUUAUAAGAUAUGUUUCUGGAUAUAUACCGUACGUGUUAGUUAAACGAUUCAAAAAGGGAAAAAGCCAAACAGCCAAGGUCUACUGUGAAGUGCUUUCACAAUGGCAAGUUAAGAGCGAUAGCGCAACACAUACUUUCCUCAGUUACUCGAGGGAGUGGAUCGAUCGUCAAAAUAGAUCAGGAUUAUUCACAGUCAAUGAUGAUGUGUUUCUAUUUUUUCGAAAUGUCGAAUUUGAGACAAGGAAACAUUUGACUGUAAAUCAGCUUAGCUCAAUGAGUGAAAUCGAUUAUCUGGAUGUGAUGUUUCAGAAAGUUGUUGAAAAUAAAAUUAUACAAACAUACUGGUGUAAACUCACAAGAGAGAGUCUUGGUGAUAAUGCCUCAAAACAACUACUUGACAUAAUCAUAAAGUAUUGGAUAAAAAUAAGGGCUAAUGCAUCUACGUAA